UAAAAUAAAAAAUAAUAAAAUCCCUCCUAUGUCUUAUAGAAAUGCUACAUUUACUUGUUGAUGUAGAGCUUUUUGAAUUAGAUGUAAUUUUAUGGGACAAUUAGAAAUUUUUUCUUAUAGAUUAGGCUGAUGAAAACAAAUGUUUAGGUGAGAGUCAAACUCAUAAUCAUUCUUUAAAAAUAAUAUAUGCUUUCAAAUUGAGACAAAUAGAUAAUUUUUUAAUGAGUUAAUUUCAUCUAAUUAUUUUCUCUACUUUUUUUGGAGAAUUAUCAAUAUUCCUCUAGUAGAACAUACAUAUCGAUGUGAAAUUGCUAUUUAUUAAUUAUACUCCCUCCUAUUCAUCUUAAGAGUUCCAUUUGACUUUUCACGGAGAAAAUUAAAAGUGAGACCCUAAGGGUAGGAAAGAGAGUGGUAUUAUGGGUUUUUAAUGUUUUAGGAAGAAAAAUUAGUAUGGAUAAUGGAGGGUAUAAUUGAAAAUAAGAUAAAGUUACUAAAGGCAUAAAAGUCAAAAAUCCAUACCAAAAAUAAAAAUGGGAUAAUUAAGGUGACUUGAAGGCACAAAAACUGAAUAUAGGAGGUAACAAUAUUUUUCAGCCAUUAUUAAUUGCAAUCUUAAAAAGAUGAAGGAGUACGCACUAGAGUCUUUGUGCAAAACGACAAUUGGAUCUUUACGAAAGUUUAUUUGAACAUGUUGAUGAAUGACUUAAGUGAUGUCUCUAUCAAAAUUUUUGGGGAGUUAUUGUGUGCAGUUUUAUAUAAUUGUAUGGUGUAGAUUUGAAAUGAAAUGGAAGCACAAUGAAUAUACAUAGGGGGCUUUAAUUAAUGACUGGACAUGAUCAUGUAACUGAAUUUAAUUUGGCCCACGUUAGUAGCUUAAAAUAAAUUUAUCUAUUAUUAUGUUAUAUAUAUAUAUAUAUAUAUAUAUUUUAAUACACUCUUUCACACGAAAUACUUUUAGGCUGGAAGUGUGGAUGCAACACAGGCGGCCCUUCUUAUACAUGACACUAAAUAUUACUCUUUAAAUGAAACCCCAUAAUAUGUUAUAUACUCAAACAUUUAUUUUUAUCAAUUAUAUCGAAUAAGUGGGUUUAUUUAAAAUAAUAGGUAGUUGAGUUCAUUUUCAGCGAAUCUAUCAAAGUUUAAUUUAUUUUUGACAAUUUACCCUUUAAAAAUGAAUUUAUAAUUUUGUACAAACAACAAAGACGCAAGACUCAACGUUCAACCAAUCUGAAACACUUAACCUGAAAAGACACGACGAUCCGAAUGAAAACAUCAAUUUAUAAACAGUGACACUUAAUAUUUUAAGUAUAGAGUUCUUUAUAAUUUAGUAUUAUAAUUAGACAGCUGAAAUAAAAUAGAAAAACUAGAUUGCUCAUAACAUUUUUUACUUAAAGUAUAGUACAAUUGAUGAUAUAUUAGACGUUUAAAAGAUUUACAGACAAUACCCAAGUAUAAAAAUCAGUACUACAAGUAGUAGUUCAAAGCACAUUGUUCAAAUAAACUUAGAAUCAAUGGAGUGUUUUAAUACCAUAACCCUGUUCCUAUUCUUUGUGUUUAGCAUCAUCUUUUUCACCAAAUUUACUAAAAAGUCUAAAAAUACUAUUCCCCGUCCUCCGGGACCAAAACCAUGGCCGAUUAUAGGCAAUAUUCACCUUCUAGGAACUAAGCCACAUCGUUCAAUAACCAAGUUAUCCAAAAUUUACGGCCCGAUAAUGUCUUUAAAACUUGGAAGAAUUACUACAAUAGUGAUUUCUUCUCCGGAAAUAGCCAAAGAAAUGUUUCUUAAACAUGACUUGGAAUUUUCUGGAAGAAGACUCUUAGAUGCUACACGAGCAACGAACCAUAACAGUUUUUCAUUAGUUUUUCUCCCGGUAUGCCCUAAAUGGCGAAAACUAAAGAAGAUUGCAACGAUCCAAUUGUUAACCACGCAAGGACUUGAUGCUGGCCAACAUAUACGAGCUAAAAAGGUAAGUGAUCUAAAGGAAUAUGUGACACAUUGUUACCAAAAUGGUGUACGUGUUGAUAUAGGUAAAGUUGCAUUUACUACCUCGCUAAAUUUGUUAUCAAAUACUUUGUUCUCCAUGGAUAUGGCUACCCAUGAUUCAUUGAACUCACAACAGUUUAAGGAUCUAAUUUGGCAUAUAAUGGAAGAGACUGGAAAGCCUAAUGUAUCCGAUUUUUUUCCAAUACUAAGGUGUUUUGAUUUACAAGGAGUGUAUAAAAGGACUAGUGUUUAUUUCAACAAAAUGUUGGAUAUGUUUGGAGAAAUUAUUGAUGAAAGAUUGAAAACUCCAAAAGAUCCUAAGGAUGAUGUGCUAAAUACUCUACUCAAACUUGUUGAGGAUAAUGAGUUGAGCCUUGAAGAAGUAAAACAUUUGCUUCUGGACUUGUUCGUGGCAGGAACAGACACAUCUUCAAUUGUAUUUGAGUGGGCAAUGACAGAGUUAUUACGUAAUCCUGAGAAAAUGAAAAUGGCUCAAAUUGAAAUAGACCAAGUUUUUGGAAAAGAUAAAAUUAUACAAGAAUCAGAAUUUUCAAAGUUACCUUUCAUUCAAGCAAUAGUAAAAGAAACAAUGAGAUUGCAUGCUCCUGGGCCAUUUUUAUUACCGCAUAUGACUGACAACGAUGUAGAGCUAUGUGGCUAUUUUGUGCCAAAACAUGCACAAGUAUUGAUUAAUGUUUGGUCAAUUGGUCGUGAUCCAAUGGUAUGGUCGAACCCAUUGAUGUUUAUGCCUGAAAGAUUUAUUGAAAAAGAAGUAGAUCUCAAGGGUCGUGAUUUUAAAUUCUUACCAUUUGGAGAAGGAAGAAGAAUAUGUCCAGGCAUGACAUUGGCCUAUAGAAUGCUAAAUUUAAUGUUGGCUACUCUUCUUCAAUCAUUCAAUUGGAAGUAUCAUGACAACGAAGAAGUAGAUGUGGAAGAUAAGUUUGGUAUGUCCUUGCAUAAGGCUAUACCCCUCUUAGCAAAUCCGAUUCCUAGGUGAUCAUAGAUAAUUAAAAACAUAUGCAAGAUGUUUGAUCGUAUAAGGCUUUUUAAAUCAAAAGGCCUUAAAUAUUAGUUUAAUUACGACUUUAUGUUGGUGUUACUUCGAUUUAUUGUUUGCGUUUAGGCUCUAAAGUUGUGAAAAGAUGUAAGAUAAAUGAAGUCUAAAAUUAUUGCGUAUUUUUAUUCCGUUCCUAUAAAUGCUCGAUCACAUCAUCUUGAAUAAGUUCUUAACUUUUUUUUCUAAUAUAACAAUAUGAUUUAUCGUACUAAUGUCAUGAUAUUUUUAAUUUAAAUUUAUAAAGUUUGAAUGAUUAAAUAUAGGUAUAUUAGGGAAGUGGUUCUAAUGUUUGUCCACCGUAACCUAUUAGCACAUUAAAAGUUAGGAAACGUUAAUUUCAAAAUUUUCAUUUUUUAAUCUUCUCACCCUGCUUUUUCUUCUUUCCACCCAUUUCACUCCCUUUUUCAUC